GGUUGCACAGGGCAAAAAAAAAAAAUAAAAAAAAAAAAGGGAAAAAAAGAAAAAACUCCGUUUGGUUGCUUGGAAAACGUGGGAAUACCAAAAAGACUGAAUUUUUGUGUCUUGCGGUAGAAAUUUUUAGAAUUAAAAGAACUGCAAUCUAACUAGUGUUCUUGAUUGGUUCAGAUUUCUCGUUAUUGAACUGCAUUUUUCUCAUCUCCAAUGAUUCGAGCACCAUGGUCUGAGAAACCCAAGUCAGCUUCAUAUGAUGGAUUAGCAACCCGUCUAAAUCUGCUCUAGUAGGAUAAUGGAAAACCCAAGUAAUCAAGCAUUUGAUUCAGAUGAGAGUGAAAAGUGUUUGCAAAUCGAAAGCUAUGUUGAGCAUGAUUUUGCUGAUGAUGACCUUUCCAAAGAUAUUGAUUUAUGCAUGGGGGAAGUUGCUAAGACACUAGAACAACCGAACGAAAGUUUACCUUCAAUAGGCAAUGUCUUAGAACCAUAUAUUGGCCUGGAGUUCAAGUCCAGAGAUGAUGCUCGAGAAUUUUAUAUUGCAUAUGGUAGGCGUACUGGGUUUGCUGUACGCAUUCAUCAUAAUCGACGCUCACGAAUAAAUAACAUGAUUAUUGGUCAAGAUUUUGUUUGUUCAAAAGAAGGUUUUCGUGAAAGGAAGUACACAUACAGGAAAGAUAGAGUUCUUCCUCCGCCGCCUAUCACCAGAGAAGGCUGCCCUGCGAUGCUGAGGCUAGCUCUAAGGGAUGGAGAAAAGUGGGUUGUCACAAAAUUUAUAAAAGAGCACAAUCACUCAUUAUUAUCUCCAAGUAAAGUUCCAUGGCGAGGAUCUGGAAAAAGUAUGAUAAGUGAGGAUGAGAAGGAUCAAAGAAUUCGAGAGCUGACCCUUGAACUUAACAAUGAGAGACAACGAUGUAAACGCCGUUGUGCGGCUUACGAGGAGCAGUUACAUCUGGUGUUGAAGUAUAUUGAAGAGCACACUGGCCACAUGGCAAGAACAGUUCAAGAUAUAGUUCAGAACAUUAGGGAACUUGAGAAUGAGCAGCAGGAGGACACUGGUAUUUUAUAGAAUUCAGAAUUUGUACAUUUUCCUCUUGUUUUGACGUCAUUUGAAUCCCAUAUCAUGAUUUUAGCAACAAUUACUUUAGGCCAUUCUAUGUAGAGUUUGAUGCACACUCACGGAUGAACAAUAUUGGCCAUUUCUCUAAUUUAUGGGAAUUAAAUUGACAGGGCCGUCUACUUACCUUUGU